UUCUACUGUCCAAAUAGAGUCCAACUAUCAUGGCUGCUGCCGGAGUCUGGAAGUCGGUUUCUCUAAUGCUCGUCGUUUCGAUGGCGGUGAUAAGCGGUGCACCCGAGAUGGUCAAAGCAACGAUCACUUGCAGCGACGUGGUGGGCAACUUGAUGCCAUGCCUUUCCUACAUUUCAAACGGCGGACCAAUUUCUUCUGCUUGCUGCAGUGGGGUGAAAACACUCUAUGGCGAGGCUCAAAACCCGGGUGAUCGCCAAAGUGUGUGCAAAUGCAUCAAAUCAGCCGUGAAUGGGAUCGGGUAUUCUAACAUCAACUACGAUCUGGUUGCCGGAAUCCCCGAAAAAUGCGGUCUCGAUAUCCCGUACAAAAUCUGCCCUUCCACUGACUGCGACAAGGUGCAGUGAACUGAGGUCGAUGUUGGUGUUAUUUUGCAAGCUAAAAAUUAUGUAAUAAAACUACUAUAUGUAGUAAAACAGUGUGUAAUGUCGGCUACUAGAUUGUGGAAAGCUGUGUUGAUGUUGUUUUCGGAUUUGAAACUAUUUG